AACGGUACGUGGAAUUCCCGCGGUGUUGGAAAUUUACUUCAUUAAUUAGCCUGCAAAUUCCAAAUCAUCCCUCUUCUCCUCCCUUCAAAUCUAUAUAAACCCUCACAGUAAUCCUACCCAAUUCGCAGCAGAAUCAGUCAUCACCAUCCUCAAGACAGGGAGAGGGAGAGAGAGAAGAGAAAGAUUGCAUGGCCAAAACCAUGUCUUCCUCCUCCCCUUCCAUCCAAGCCUGCUCCUACCACAACCGCAGUACUCACACCGUCAUCUCCGACCUCAACGGAACUCUCCUCCGCUCAGCCUCCUCCUUCCCUUACUUCGCCCUCGCCGCAUUUGAGGCCGGCGGCCCUCUUCGUCUUCUUUUCCUCCUCCUCCUCUACCCUCUCUCCCUUUUCCUCCACCACUUCGUCUCCGAAUCCGCCGGCAUCAAAGUUCUCAUCUUUGCUUCGCUCGCCGGAGCAAAAUUAUCAACCAUCGAGUCUGUAGCACGUGCCGUUCUGCCCAAGUUCUAUGUGGAGGUUUUGCAUCCGGAGACAUGGCGGGUGUUGUCGGCGUGCGGUCUGCGGUGCGUGGUGACGGAGAGUCCGGCGGUGAUGGUGGGGCCGUUUUUGAAAGAGUAUUUGGGGGUUGACGAGGUGGUGGGGACGGAGCUUGGGGUCUAUAGAGGAAGGGUUACAGGGUUGGUGCGUGACAGUGGAGUGCUCGUCGGAGAGAGGAAGGCUGAAGCGUUGAAAAGGGUGUUUGGUGGUGAAUUGUUGCCGCAGACAAUUGGGAUCAGUCAUCGGAAUUCGGAUGGCGCUUUCAUGAAUCUCUGCAAGGAAUCCUACAUGGUGCUACACAACCCAGAACUCCCUGCAGUGAGCUCAGCUCACCUCCCCAAACCCAUCAUCUUCCAUGACGGCCGCCUUGUCCAAAAGCCAACCCCUCUCCUCUCCCUCCUCACCAUCCUCUACCUCCCCUUUGCCUUCUUCCUCUCCAUUCUCCGCAUUGCCGCCGGCAGUCUCCUCCCCGUCCACCUCUCUCUCCCCGCCCUUCGUUCCCUCGGCGUGCGCAUAAUCAUCCAAGGCACACCUCCUCCUCCUCCCUCCACCUCCUCCACCGGCGUACUCUUCGUCCUCUCCCACCGCACUCUCCUCGACCCAGUCUUCCUCUCCUUCUCCCUCCGCCGCCCCAUCACUGCCCUCACCUACUCCCUCUCCCGCCUCUCCGAACUCAUCUCCCCAAUUAAAACCGUUCGUCUCACCCGUGACCGCGCAACCGACGGAAAGCAGGGCCAGCAGGACACAAUAGUAGAGAGUAAUUCAGGCGUGGUGAACGCAUGCCUGAAAGGCGCAACCGCGACUGCAGACAUACGACUGCAGUGGGUGCGGUGCGCCGGCAUCCCUGCGCUGAAGUCUGUAGCGCCCCCAUGCCAUAUUCGGAGCACCUAUGUGCCUAGUUAUAGAGAAUGCGAUAUUCCCGUGCCAAGGAGUGCCACGAGCACGCCAAACGCAGUUUCUCUUCUGUUUCAGUUUAAAGUCGAGAUUUCAAGCGACGAAUGUAGACUCUCUAGCGUGCGGAUCUUUCGACAGGUUUCUCAUGAAAAGAAAAAGGUCGGGGAUGAAGAUUUCAAGAUGAAUUUCUCUUUUGAGAUCAGUAGGAAGGUUUUGGACUAG